CUUUCAGCUGCCAUUACAAGCUGGACACUUGCCGUUGAGCACUACCGUGGUGACUCGUGUCUUUGAAGGCUACAUAAUACAGCGAUGCCCCCGCCAGAGAUUCCUAUAGAACUUCAGGAACAUGUUCUAGAUCAUCUUCACGAUGAUCAGGAGACCCUGAAGUCAUGCAACCUGGUCUGUCGCGCCUGGACUUGGAAGUCAAGGCGGUACUUCUGGAGGGUCGUCAACCCGGAGAAGAGGCGUCACUGUAUACGUCUCCUAUCAAUAUUGGAGGAGACUGCGCAGCUUGGAGCUUGUGUCGGUGACUUUGUCGAAGAAUUUCGGCUGCCCAAAAUGGGGUUUCCUCGCCGCCACUCGCAGUCAGACUUGCGUUGCGAACUGUUGCGGAGCACGGCGCGCUAUUUUCCCAUGCUCAAGUUUCUCAACGUGAAGGAGUUCAGCAUCACCUCGUUCUUGAACCACUUACGCUCCGAGGACGAGGCCUUCAACAUGCAGGAAGCCGUAUCCUCGAUACUCGACUUUCGCCAUCUAAAAGCCAUCCAGUACGAUUCGGUGACCGUCUCAGAUCUCGAUGACCUUUUGCAGUUUCAUGGAGCAUUCCCGACGGUAUCUGCCUUGUACAUGCAUCGCGUCGACACCAAGAAUAAUGAGAACUGGAUGGGUGAUCCUCUCAACACCACAUCCAUCCAAGAUUUCGUCGCAAGGCACCGAGAUGGGCGUAUCUGUAUAGAAGACCUCACUGGCUGUAUCUGCGAUAUUCCUGUGGGACGACUCUCUCAGUUCCUGAACACACUCACGGCCCCUCCAUUCGAGCUACGUAUCAAGAGGCUGUCUUGGGCCAUGGCACCGCACCGGUGGGGUAGCUUCCUGCCUAUCCUGCUACACAUGUUUCGUCGCGCGGAAUCAACAUUGGAACACUUCGAGCUGCCUUUUAGCGCCGAUGAUAGCUAUGUGACGAUGUUCUGGCCAUCUCGUCACCAUCGCCUCAAGACACUGGCGUUUUCGUUCUAUUUCCCGACGUACGUUACGCCCGUCUGGGCGUACGUGUCGAUGUGGUUGCAAUGGGUCAAUCCCACCUCACUGCCUCACUGGAAGCAAUCGAAUUCUGCCUAUACCACAGAAACGCCCCUCGUUGUCGGUUAAAUUCUCCUUCUGGUACCACGGUGAAGAGGACAAGAUCCCCGAUGCCGUUGCGCCCACGCGGAGGCGGAUUCGACCCAUGGUCGCCGCAGGCAUUCCUGUCUUUGUUCGUCAGCACAGAGUUCACCGCGAAGAGUCAUCGGGUUGAUGAAGGCAGGCCCUUCGUUUGG